AUGGUGAGAGGAAAGAUAGAGUUAAAGAAGAUAGAGAAUGCGAACCGUCUUCAAGUCAGUUUCACCAACAGACGCAAAGUGUUGAUGAAGAAGGCUAACGAUCUUUCGAUCCUCUGCGACGCUGACGUAGCUCUUAUCGUCUUCUCCAACACGGGAGACGAGCUUGAGGGUAUGAGUUUCUCGGAUCUUGUUUCUCUUGAAAGCCAGUUGAAUGAUAGCUUGCUUAGUGUCAAAGAUCAAAAGGUAGAAACAUCUCGGUUACAGGAGAAAAUAGCAUUGGAAGAGAACCAACUUUUGCGCAAACAGAUAGAGUCGAUGGUGGGGAGAGGUUCAUCAGGACCACAAGUAGAUCCUGAGAGCUCUUCAUCAGUGUAG